AUUGCCAUUCAUAUUGAUGAAGAGAUUCAGUUACAUUAUGCUAAGUGUCCUUUCUGCAAGGAUGUCUGGAGCAAACUACAAAUUCCUAUUCUCACUCAGAUGUUUCACUCCUUGUCAAUUCUUUCAAGCAUGAGAAGAGCAACAGUUUUAUGUGAGAAUUGGAAUCUAGGUUUCUACCAAGAUCUGUGCCUCAAUCAUCAUAAGUUUUGA